AGCUGAUCGCUCCUACUUUUUCCCACCUGUAGCUUCCACGCUCUUCAAGCAGACAUUCGGCGACCGCUUUUCGGCGCGGUAACAGUUCUUCCCAGAAAUCGUCUUUGUUAAACAGUCUUUCUAACGGAACCCAAAAGUGGAAGUGGGACAUCAUGACAUUACUGCAUAAACUUCUCGUCUUGUCGUGGCUUGUUGGGUCAGUAGCUGUAGUGGGUCAGACAACGCCAGAUGCCACGAGUGUAGGCAGUUCCAGCGGGUCAGCUAGUUCCUUAGUGACCUCCACGGCUGACGGCAGCGCAGCCAGCACAGAACCAGCAGGGCCCCCCAGCACACACAGCCCCACAGAUGGGGCCCCAGAGACCAGUGGCACCCCCCCAAGCCCCACCUCAACCUCCCCGCCCUCUGUCGAGUCCCCAUCCAUAGCUGUUACCUCGUCUCCUACCACAGGUGACCCUUCCGCCGCCACUUCCUUGAGUCCCACCCAGGCUCCGACGGCUGAUGUUCCCACAGCCAGCCCCACAGAGGUCACCAGCGCAGCCGGUAGUGGCACCACAGCUGAGGUCACCAGCGCAGCCAGUACUGGCACCACAAAUGAGGUCACCAGCGCAGCCGGUACUGGCACCACAGCUGAGGUCACCAGUGCAACCACUACUGGCACCACAGCUGAGGAGAUGUCGUCAGAGCCCGUCAGCCAUUCCACUGGCACUCCUGGUCCCGCCUCCACAGAAACGGGGACGACAUCCAGUGUCACACCCUUGGCCACGGCCACACCUGAGGAAAAUACCGUAUCGACGCAGGAAAUGAACACUGCCGCGACCGACAUCACUUCCUCAUCCAGUUCUACAGAGUCCCCCGUUUCAACAGAGGAACAGACCACUGAAACAGCCUCAACCACAACCCCUGAGACCACUGAGGCACUCCCUGAGUCCACCUCCACUGAAGUGGAUCAAAGCACAACCAGAGUCCUGGAGAGCACUACUAUGACAUCGAGUGCUCCAGAGACCAGCACCGUAGUUGAUCCAUCGGGGACACAGAGCAUGGAGACAACUGCUGGAGGUCAGACUGGAGGUCAGUCCACCACUUCCGCAGCCACUAGUCAAACCACUGAAGAAUCAGAGAGUACAACAACAGAAGUAUUACCUCCAGUGCAGGGUACCACUACCAGCUCGGCCACAUCUUCGGCUUCGACCACCACAGAGGCAUCCAGUCCUAGCACCACCACUGUCCAGCCACCAGCAGAGACCUCCACCAUGACCACAGUUGAAACAACAGCCAAUACAAACACAGUUAUGCAGUCUACUCAGAGCACAACUAUGGUUGAACCUACAAUGACUGUCCAAUCAACAGCAAGCACUUCCACCGUGGAGGUCGAAUCAACAGCAAGCAUGACCACAGCUGUCCAGUCAUCUACAAGUACCACCAUGGUGACCCAGUCAUCAAUGAAUGGAACAACACCAGAGACUAGACCCACCACACCCUCAAUAGACCCCUGUACCUUGUGCCCUCGGGGCAGCACCUGUGUGAACUCCACAUGCCAGUGUCUUCCUGGUACUUACCUGGUGCCUGGGAACCCUCCAGAAUGUGAUGAUGCCCGAGUUUUCCCUGGAGACCUGCGACUGAACCGUACAUUCCAGCCGGAAAUGGCCGACCAAUCCAGUCAACAAUUCAGAGAUACUGCUGGCAGUAUCAUACGCUCUCUGAAUAUCGCCCUGAGGGAUGUGCCAGGGUAUAUUAACUCCACAGUGACACAGCUCAGACAGGGCAGUGUGAUUGCCGCAGUACAGAACAUAUUUCAGACCAACUUAGAGGCAACAGAGAACUCCACUACAGCCGCCAUACAGCAAGCUAUUACGAGCUGCACAGGAGAAUGUGGGACUGUCCUGUCAAGGGCAACAUUUAAUUCUGUUCCUUUGUGUGACUUGAACCCUGGCCCAUGCAGUGCUGAGACCACUGAGUGCGGUGCCCAGGGCGGCAGACCCAGCUGCACCUGUAAGGGCGGCUUCGUCAGCAAUGCCUACAGCCGUCAUACAUGCAUAGCUUGUCCCAGUGGCCAGCGAGCAGUGGGAGAUGAGUGUGUAUGGUGUGCCUUUGGAUACAGUGGCUUCAACUGUAAUGACUCCUCUCUGUUGGCGGUAGUGGUGAUCUCAUGCGUGCUCGGGGGCCUUUUACUCAUCCUAAUUCUUGCCCUCAUCAUAUACUACUGUAUCACAUGCAGGAGAAACAAGCAGCAGAAGGACUGCCACAGCCCGUACACUCCAGACGACUUCCGCCGCAGCUCGUGGACCACGCAGGGCAUUACGCCCAUCCCGCGUGCCACCAUCAACCCCAACGCCAGCCUCGAAACCAGCCUGGAGAUGACGGAGGGGGGCAGUACCCACUCCCUCGUCUCCAAGAGGGGCAACACCAACGGCCUGAAGAUGGGCCGGAAGACGGGAUCGUAUGACGUCACCACCAAUGAUAACCUGGGGACCUUCAAGGGCAAGAAUCCCUCGCGCUACUC